AAUUGCCAAUAUCUUCCGUGAAGAUCCCUAAACAAAUAAAAGAGAAUAUUAAAGUGGCAGCAUGGGGAGGCCCGGGAGGAAAGCGUUGGAACUUCAAAUUUGACGGGACAUUGAAGCAGAUCACCGUUGCAAAUGGUGAAGUUAUUGAUUCUUUGCAUUUCACCAGCCUUAAAUCGGAUGGUUCGUUGAAGACUUUAAAAAUUGGAGGUUGUGGCGGUUAUAGAACUAGCCAGAUUAACAUUGAUGGAACAGUGGAGAAGUUGACGCAAAUAAGUGGAACGUAUGGAUUUUACACCCACUAUAUUGUGAUCAGAUCCAUCACAUUUCGAACCACCUUGACUACUUAUGGACCAUACGGUUCGAGCAGUGGUGCACCAUUCAGUAGUGUAAUGCACAAGGGAGGAAAGAUUGUAGGGCUACAUGGACGAGCUGGCCAGUUCGUGGAUGCUGUUGGUGUAUUUUAUCGUCUUUAAUCGGUGUAAUGUCCCCAUAUUUUCUUUUUGAAAACUCUUUUAUCU